AUGCCAAUGAUUCGCCCCCGAUCGACUCGUCGCGCCACUGCGAUCGCCCACUCACCGCGCACUGCUGCUCGCCGCGCACCGCUGCUCCGCGGGCUGCUCGUCGCCGCGCUGCUGCUGCUGCCGCUCCUCGUCUUGUGUCGCCUCCGCUGGUCUGCCUUCCAGCCUCCUCGGCAGUCCUCCGCCUUUCCCGCCAGAGAUUCUCCCUCCGCCGCAUCAGCUGCGCGCGCGCUCUCCCGCCCAUGGCGCGCGCGGCGCGGCGGCGGGGCCUCGGAGGACGAGCUAUCGAAGGCGGCCGCGGCGCAAGAGGCGCUCGGGGACGUCGCGGCGCAGACGGACGGGGAUGCGCAAGCGGGUGAGGCGCAAACGCAGGAGGGGCGGAAAUUGGGGAGCGGAGGAGAUGAAGGGGGCAGCGGGGCAGGGGAGGCGGGGCAUGGGGUAGAAGGUGAAGGCAGCGCGGCAGCGGAAGGCGCGGAGGGUGAAGCGGGCAGCGGCGGAGUGACGGUGAUCCGACACUUCUCGUUGCAUGGGGAGAACCGCACACUGCCGUGGGAGGAAGACUUCUGGCGGGUCGCGAGGAAGCCUAAAACGGGAAUGAAUGGGGAAGGUGGAGGGGGUGUGGGUGACGCAGGUGGGAGAGGUGAAGAUGUAGAGGAGGAAGAGGAGGAGGGGGAGGAAUGGGAGCUACUGUAUGAUGCGUGGACGGCAGCGUACGGGCUGGAGCACCGCUGGAGUGCUCCCACUUCCAUCUCCCUGCCGCCCGCCGUCGCUGCUCACAUUGCUGCCCGGCGGAGGAGGAGGAGGGCGCAGGGAAGAGGCAAGCGAGAGGGGGGGCGAACAGGGCACGGGGUGGGGGAGCGAGAGCAGGAGGGCGAGGAUAGCGGGGAUGCAGGCGGGGGCAGUGGUGGCGUGCCCCCUGCGCCGCACCUGGUGGCGUGUGAGGCGGCAGCAGCGCAGCACCGCCUGCUGGAGCAGCGCCUGCCCGACGGCUCGCCCCCGCCCUGGGCCGCCCCUGCUGCCGCCGCCACUGCCGCCGCUGCUGCCGAGGCUGCAGACCCCAAGGGGCUCCACGAGGGGCUGAGAGGGGCGGGCCAUGGGGAAGGAGACGAGCGGCGUGAGGCAGGGCAGGUGGGGCGCAGGCAGCAGGAGUGGUGGACGACUGUUCCUCAGACGCCGUGGGUGCAGGGCAGCGAUGCGGACAACCUGCCCUUCACACGGGUGGUGCAGGCGGCGCUGUGGCUGCACCAGUUCCCGCGCCACUGCCACAACAGUGCGCACCGCUUUCUGCUGUACCAGUGGCCGGGCGAGGGCGACCACGGGCUGGGGUCGGACGUGCACCUGCUGUCCGUGGCCAUGGGCGUGGCGCUCGCCGUGGGCCGCAUCCUCGUGCCGCACCGCAACUUCUUCCGCGCCCACCACGACGCCUGCUCCGGCGAGGCAGAGGGGUCGCUGGCAUGCUAUUUCGCACCGCUCACCCACGCGCACUGUGAGGCGGCCGUGGCGUCGCUGGUGGCGGCGCAGCCAGAGCUGGUGGUGCCACCGGGCAUGGAGGGCAGUGCGGGCGAGGGCGUGGAGCGGUGGGUGGCGGGCAUGGUGGUGGACUGCCAUGAGGUCAUGCACGGCCUGCUGCUCCAGCUGCGCGGCCCUCAGCCUGUCGUCAUGCUGCCUCUCUGCGCACCCUCCCACCUGCUGCAUGCUGUGCCGGGGUGGUGGGGCAGGCCGUGGGAGGCAGUGCCGCGGUCAGAGGAGGUGGUGGGCGACAGCACCCUGGCGGGGGCACGCCAGUGGAACAGGGUGAGCUGGUGGCGCGCUCAGACCACCCGCUUUGCCAUGCGCUGGCCCUCGCCCUACCUCUGCCACGUCACCAACAUCGCACGCCAUGCUGCCUUUGGCCCACUCACCGCGCGCCAAGUGGUCGCAGGAGAGGCGGCGAAACGAGCGGCAGAGCGCAUGAUGGCAGCAGCCAACCGCACUCAGUUUGAGCUGCUCAUGGGCGGCAUCGCGUGGCAGUCUCUGCCUUUCUCAGGGGGAAUCUGGGACAUGAGCAACACGCAGGCUGCUGCUGGUGGUGGUGGUGGUAGCAGUGCUGCGAGCAGCGCUGGGGCUGCCACACUGGCGUUCGCCGGCAGUGCGUCGUCGUCCCUGGUGUACGCGCCCCCCUACGUGCCACGACCUCUGCUCAGCAUGCAUGUGCGCGCGGGUGACAAGGGAUCGGAGAUGGAGCUGUUUCCCAUGGCGGCAUACAUGGUGCUGGCAGCGCGUGUGCGCAUGAAAGACCCCUCACUGCACCAUGUGUGGCUCAGCACCGAGAUGCAGGCAGUGGUGGACGAGGCGCCGCGCUUCCCCGGGUGGACGUUCCACCACACGCGCAACCCACGUGUGGGCGGGGGCAACACGGCCAUGGUGCACUUUGAGAGUGCGCUGGGCCACGAGCUGGCGGGUGCGGUGUCGCUGGCGAACCUGGCGGUGGCGGCGGCGGCGGACUACUACGUGGGAGCGCUGGGGUCCAACUGGAACCGCCUCAUCAACGAGCUGCGUGUCACGGGCGGGCGCCUCAAGGCGGGGUACCUGUCCGUCAACUACGACGAGCUGUAG